UAAUAUAUAUAACUAACUUAAUCAAGCAUUUAACACGAUAAAACAUCGAUAUUACAUAAAAAUGUACUAUUUACAGUACAAUUCAUUGCCUUGACAUCUGUAAUCAUCCAAUCGGUCCUGGCGGUGGAGUGAGUGACUCCUGAAUCUAUUCGCAGCUGCUCGGUCGCUUCCAUGAUCCACUACACUCCGGAUUUGGAAAGGAAAAGAACAGCUGUUGUAACGUUUUAGCAAUUUCAGUAGAGAAGACACAGACAGUAGUGGACAUGAGGGGUGUACAGGAAUCCCAGCAGCAUUGGAGACCGCGAGAGCAGAUGCCGUAGUGGAUCAUGGCCGAGGACUAUUGGGAGCGCGCGGCAGCUUUGGGAUAUUAUUACUGCUGUUAAGAUUACACAAGCAACACACAUUUAUUCACUCACACACGGGAUUUCAAGUCCACCGGGCGGUUGAACAGUGGCAGCCCCUCCACCCUCCACAUCUCGGCCCCCCCUUCCCCCAAUGAUGGACCGCAUGAGGAAGAUCAAACGGCAGCUGUCCCUGACGCUGCGGGGGGGCAAUAGCGGGGACAAGACCAUGAGCGAGACCAUCAGCUCUCAGGACACAGGAGCGCACAGUGAUUCCGAGGCCAUGCCAGUUGGGGGCAGUGGUGGUCUGCGGGGUUCAGUGAGAGGUUCGGGGGGUUCCUUCAGCAUGCACUCCCUCCUGCAGUCCUACAGCAGUGCUCUGCGCAGACCACGCAGCCUGGGCCGCAGUCUCAGCUCCUAUCUCAACCACACCACGCGCCUCGAGAUAGUCCAUGAAGACGUAAAGAUAGGUUCAGACGGAGAAAGCGAUCAGGCUUCGGCCACGUCAUCUGAUGAGGUGCACAGCCCCGUCAGAGUUCGUCUGAGAAACAACCCUGGCCGCAAAAUUUCCACAGAGGACAUAAAUAAGCGUCUGUCUCUGCCAGCUGAUAUAAGACUUCCUGAUGGCUACCUGGAGAAAUUCAGCCUCAACAGUCCACUCUUUGACAAACCACUCAGCCGAAGAUUACGCAGAGUAUCGCUGUCUGAGAUUGGAUUUGGAAAGCUGGAGACUUAUGUGAAACUGGAUAAACUGGGGGAGGGCACCUACGCUACAGUAUAUAAGGGCCGCAGUAAGUUGACCGAUAACCUGGUGGCCCUGAAGGAGAUCCGUUUAGAGCAUGAAGAAGGAGCCCCAUGCACUGCCAUUAGAGAAGUGUCUCUGUUGAAGGACCUGAAACAUGCCAACAUUGUGACUCUGCAUGACAUCAUCCACACUCAGAAGUCUCUUACUCUUGUGUUUGAGUACCUGGAUAAAGACCUGAAACAGUACCUAGAUGACUGUGGAAACUGCAUUCAUAUGCACAAUGUCAGGCUCUUCCUGUUUCAGCUGUUGCGAGGUCUGAACUACUGUCACAGACGCAAAGUCCUUCAUCGAGACCUCAAGCCCCAAAAUCUCCUGAUCAAUGAUCGUGGGGAGCUAAAACUGGCCGACUUUGGUCUGGCACGAGCGAAGUCGAUUCCCACUAAGACCUACUCCAAUGAGGUGGUGACCCUUUGGUACCGCCCCCCUGACAUCUUAUUGGGCAGCACAGACUAUUCCACUCAGAUUGACAUGUGGGGUGUUGGCUGUAUUUUCUACGAAAUGUCGACGGGUCGGCCCUUGUUCCCGGGCUCCACAGUGGAGGAGGAGCUGCACUUUAUCUUCAAACUGCUCGGCACGCCCACAGAGGAGACCUGGCCAGGAAUAACCUCCAAUGAGGAAUUCAUCUCCUAUAACUACCCCCGAUACCGCGCAGACUGUCUCCAUAACCACACUCCACGAUUGGACAAUGAUGGAGUUGAACUUCUGUCCAAACUGCUGCAGUUUGAGGGGAAGAAACGCAUUGCGGCAGAGGAAGCCAUGAGAAGUCCAUACUUCCACUGCCUAGGCGAGAGAAUUCUUACACUGCCAGACACUACAUCAAUAUUUGCACUUCAAGAUAUUCAGCUGGAGAAGGAGCCAGGAAUGAGGACGAGCGCGCUGUCAGAAUCAGACAACAGCAUAUCUCAACGACAGAGCCUGCUCUUCUGAGGGUGUGUUGGGUAUCUCGGCUCGGGAUGGGACGGGGAGAUGGAAGAUAUACGUCAGGACGCGUUGAGACAUUUCCUGUUGUAAAGAUGAAGGGAUGUCUGUUUUUUAUUUCUGUGAAUGAGUCAUUGCUAGUCCUGUGGCAUUAUGUGUUUAGAAGGGGUCACUGUAGCUGUUUACAUGGAGAUGCAGAGGACAAUUUCAUCAUGUUUGUUUGAUUUGUGUACUUAUUUUCUGUUAAAAUUAUGAUGCAUUCUCAUUUCCCUUGUUCUUCCUGUUCAUAGUACCUUCUCAACAAUUGUUGUCAAUCAAACCAUUGCAAUCAACGCUAAAUGUCAAUGGAUAUCAGAUGACCUGCUUGGGUUUCAAGUGCACUGGCUCUGCAUCCUUUGACUUAAACAAAUCAAUGUUUUUUGCAAUACUUAUCAAUUGUAAUCUAUGUAGAAGGCCAUUUAAUGAAGGAACAUGCCACUUAGAGCAUGAAUGCUGUUAAUAUCAGUCAACAACAAGCCAAGUCAAUGAAGGUGAUCACUCCAGUCUUCCAGAAUAAUAGUCCCCUUCAUUACUGAAAGCAGCCCUCCCAUCCAAAGACUAACAUUUAGAACUAUGCCAACACAGUGGUUCUGUAAUUAUCAACAAUAAUCUGUGUUAUUUGUAUUCAUCAGAACAUUGAAGUCAAGCUGUAUGUCAGACUUGCUUUAACGGUCCAUGUUCCUAAUGUUUUCAAUUAUGUUUUUGUUUGAAAAAUCAUUUCACCCUCA